AUGUCAUCCAACAACACCUCGGCCAGUGUCUCCAUCGAUAAGUUCGAUGGGGACAACUACUCAACCUGGUGUCGCUACAUGCGCGGCGUGUUUCUGACGAAGUCAGUCUGGCACGUCGUCAACCGUGAAACGUCUCCAACCUUCACCGACACGCGAGCGUCCGAUGACUACGUCAAGGCAAGCAACGUCGCGUUUGGUAUGAUGCUGCUGCACAUGAACGCGGACUACCAUCAUGUGCUGGACAACUUCGAGGAAGCCUGGGUUGCGUGGACAAGUCUGAAGACGCUGUACGGUGGGUCGCAGAAGGCAGGACGCAUCUACCUCAAGCGACAACUUUUCAGCAUCAAGAUGGCGGAAGGUGCCAACGUCUUGCACCAUUGCAACGAAGUCUUGAACAUCGGCGCCAAGCUCAGCAGCAUCGGUGCCAAGAUGGAAGACGAAGACAUUGCGAUCUGCUUGCUGCUCAGUCUCCCGAAGAGUUUCGAGAACGUGGUUCUGAACUUGGAGAUGAGCAAUGCAGAGCUGCGCACGCAAGAUGUGGUCAAGGUGCUGACUAACGAGCACAUCAAGCGACAAGGCGAGAAGAUGACAACGGCAACGACAACGGUGAAGACUGAAGAUGCGACAAAGGCAUUCAGUACCGAGCGCAAGCCCUACCAAUGCACAUACUGCGGCAAGGUGGGGCACACGGCAGAGCGUUGCUGGACGAAGCAAAAGGAUGAAAGUCGAGGAGCCCAACGCGGCGGCAAUGGUCGUGGACGCGGGGCAAACAAUGUCCAGUGGCGACAUUAUGAUGAAGGCAACAGCUACGAUCGAGUGGCGUUUGCAGUUUCGUUCGAAUGCGGAGUUUCGACGAACAAGAAUGGACCAGGAAUGUGGGCCGUUGACAGCGGGGCAACACAUCAUAUCUGCCACGACAAGUUCAAGUUUGCAAGCUUGGUCGAAGGCAAUGAUGGCGAGAUCCUGGUGGCUGAUGGCAACAAGGCGGCCAUCAAAGGUGUGGGGACCAUCGUGGAAAAGGUGAUUCUGCCAAACGGGGAAGAGCGCGAGAUCGAGAUCAAGAACGCGCUCUAUGUGCCCAGCAUGAGCAAAAAUCUGCUCUCGGUGCCGCAGAUUAACAAGCACGGCAACUUCCAAGUGGUGUUUGACGGGGAUACGAUGUACGUCUCUCGCAAGGAUUCCAACCAAGUGGUGGCAGCUGCGGAUCUUGUAGACGGACUCUACUGGCUUCGCACGACGCAGCGAUCGGCCAAUGCGACAUCACUCAGCAACGCUGUUGAUCUACAUGCGCGAAUGGGCCAUGCUCCAGUCGACGUGCUUCGCAGGAUGGUGACAAGCCACAUGAUCAAGGACGCUCACAUCCCUUCCAAGCCGAAUGGAUCAAGUGUGUGUCGAGGAUGCCAAGAAGGGAAGAUGGUCCAAAAACCAUUCCCGAGCAACCGUGACAAGCGCACCUACAACACCUUCGAGAUGCUCCACUUCGACAUCUGCGGACCCAUGGAAGAAAAAUCUCUGGGUGGCAGCAAUCAGAGAGACGAAGCGUGCAUCAAGAAGUACAUCACGAUGAUACAGACGCAGUUCAACAAGAAGGUCAAAUUUGUGCGACACGAUGGAGCCCGCGAGUUUGCGACGAACUCGCUUCAAGAUUUCUACGAAGUCGAAGGCAUCGAGCAACAAACCACGGUGCCAUACGCACAUCAAGCCAAUGGAACUGCUGAACGCGCGAUUCGAACUAUCGUCACCAUCGGUCGUAGCAUGCUCCAUCAUGCCAAGUUGGACAAGUGCUUCUGGGCUGAAGCGGCAAUGACGGCCGUCUAUGUGAAGAACCGUUUGCCGUCACCCAAGAUUCCACACAAGACACCGUUCGAGAUUGUCUACAAUUCUAAGCCAAGUGUCAAGCACAUGCGCGUUUUUGGGUGCCAAGCAUACAUCUUGACCCCGAAGGAGAAACGACUCAAGUGGGAUCCCAAGGCCCGGGCUGGAUUGUUUUUGGGCUACGAAGAAGUGUCCAAGGCGUAUCGAGUUUACGACAUCGAAGCGGGGCAGGUGAUGAUAAGUCGCGAUGUCAACUUCGAUGAGUCGGCCUUUGGAAUGUCGAUGCUGAUUUCCGAUGACGAUGUUGAUGGCCUGGACUUCGAAUCGAUCGAUCUUGAUGAUGAAGAACCGCGUCCGAGACACUUCAAACAAACAGGAAAGCGCAAGGCCCAACCCAGUCACGACAAUGACGACGCAAGCAUGCCCCGAGCAGUGCGCCAACGACCCGGAUUGGAAGAGUCAAGUGCGCCGGAUGACCUCUCUUCACGUCGAGCCAACGAAGAUGAAGAAAGGAAGUCGGAGGAACAACAUGACACACGGACUUCCUCCGCGUUUUGGCAUGCGAGUGCAAACGCCGUCGAAUCAGCGGUCGAUUUUUCGGAGCCAUCGACAUUUGAAGAAGCAGUGUCUGGCCCGGACCAAGCACACUGGCGCAAGGCAAUUGAUGCGGAGCUCGAUUCGAUGAAGCUUCGCGGUGUCUUUCGUGCGGCCAAGUUACCCAACGGACAAAGCGCCAUUGGCACAAAGUGGGUCUUCAAGAUCAAGCGCAAGGCGGAUGGGUCCAUCGAGAAGUACAAGGCACGUCUCGCGGCAAAGGGCUUUCGCUCAAAGUAUGGAAUCGACUACACGGAGACGUUUUCGCCCGUGGUCAAGCAUGUGACGCUGCGAAUGGUCAUCGCCAUUACCAAGCACUUUGGAUGGCCCCUCGACCAGCUCGAUGUGGUGACUGCGUUCCUGUAUGGAGUGAUGAAGGAGAAGGUGUUCUGCGCUGUUCCGGAAGGCGUCAAGAUGGAAGGUGAUUUUGACUGUCUCGAGCUGAUCAAGGCGAUCUACGGUCUCAAGCAAGCCUCGCGUGUUUGGAACGAGACCUUCGACGAGUUCAUACGCUCGAUUGGUUUUCAAGCGUCGGGAUUCGAUCCAUGUCUCUACAUCAUGACUUCGGAAGGCCAUUGUGUUUUUGUGCUGGUCUACGUGGACGAUGUCUUGGUGACUGGAAGCUCGCUCGAGAUGAUUGCGCGCACCAAGAACGACCUCAAGACACGCUUCGAGAUGACUGAUAGCGGCAAGUGUGCCUUUGUUCUUGGGAUCGAGUUAUUGGACGGUGAAGAUGGCAGCGUGACUAUGUGUCAGCGCCGUUAUGUCGACGAUGUCCUCAAGCGCUUUGGAAUGGAUGAGUGCAAGGCUGUGGCAAGUCCGGUGGACGUCAGCUCUCGACUGGUUCCAAGCAACUCUGCAAGCAAGGUGGAUGUCCCAUUCCGUGAAGCAGUGGGUGCUUUGAUGCACCUGACGACUGCAACGCGACCGGACAUCGCCUAUGCUGUAAGCUUUGUGUCACGGUUCAUGGAGAAACCCCAAGAAGAACACUGGGUUGCAGUCAAGCGCAUCUUCCGCUACCUACAAGGCACCAAGAUGCAUGGAAUCUGCUACAAGCCAAGUGCGAAGAUCGACUUUCGUGGCUAUUCAGAUGCAGACUGGGCCGGUGACCUUGCUGAUCGCAAAUCGACGUCCGGCUACGUCUUCAUGCUAUUGGGUGCUCCGGUGAGUUGGGGCAGCAAGAAACAGCCAAGUGUGUCACUGUCUACAAGCGAAGCGGAGUACAUCGCGCUCAGCCUGGCGAUCCAAGAAGGCAAGUGGAUCAAUCGCUUGCUGUGCGAGAUCAUGGCGGCUGCAAACGAAGAAGGACCCGAGCUCGUCAUCCGUGAAGACAACCAGUCGUGCAUCAAGAUGACGAAGAAUCCGGUCAACCACGGCCGCGCUAAACACAUCGACAUCAAGUACCAUCACAUCCGUGACGAGGUCAAGCGCGGCGAAGUCGAGCUCAAGUACUGUGAGACUACAGUGAUGUUAGCAGACAUCAUGACCAAGGGACUUCACGUACCGCGUCACAAGGAGCUGACAGAGGCGCUUGGCAUCCGCACGUGUUCGUAUUGA